CACGUGACACUUAAAAUGGCUGACGAACGAGAACCACCCCCGUUUGCAGAGGAGGAUGAUAGCCAAAAAGACGAAGAUGAUUUAUUUACAGAGGCUAGUGAGAAAGAUAAAAGUCCUCCCUCUGCUAUUGAUGAGGAAAUAAUUGACCUAAACGAUGAGGGACGGACACCAGACACAGAACCAGAAAAAGUGGAACCGGAAACGUUAGAAAACACCAGGAAACCGGUGAAGCCAGACAUUGAUACGGAGGAUUUAUUCGGAGAUGAUGAUGAUGAUGGGGAUGAGAUUAAGCUAGACUCUGAUGGAGAAAAUGAUACAAAAGAAACAGUGGAGAAGUCUCCAUUUCUUGAGCCAUUUGAACCAACUCCUGCCAGUGCCCCGGCCCAGACUGAGGCUUUGUCAUCAGACGAAGAGAAGCCAAGCUCAGACAUGCCUAAACUAACAGUCACCCAGACAGUCACCUCAACAUCCAAAUCAUCUAGCACCACAAAAACUACCAAGGAAGAGGUUGAGGAUAACCAGUACUCUCUAGUGAUCAAGGUCACAGAGCCACAGAAGAUGGGCGAUGGUAUGAGUGCUUACAUGGUUUAUAAGGUCAUCACUAAGACCAGCAUGCCAGAUUUCCAGAAACCUGAAAUGGCAGUACUGAGACGUUUCAGUGAUUUCCUAGGCCUCCAUGAAAAACUCCAGACACGAUACCUUCACCAAGGUCGAAUUGUACCACCUGCUCCAGAAAAAAGUGUCUUAGGUAUGACAAAGAUCAAAAUGUCUAAGGAGGAAUCGGGAUCAUCAGAUUUUGUGGAGAGACGACGAUUGACAUUAGAGAGGUUCCUAACGAGAACAGCCCAGCACCCAGUGCUUCGGAAGGAUGCAGACUUUAGAGAAUUCCUGGAGCGUGCCGGAGAACUUCCUAAAGCCACUAAUACUUCUGCCCUAAGCAGUGCUGGUGUGAAACGUCUGUUCCACAAGGUUGGGGAUGCUGUCGAUAAGAUUUCAUAUAAAAUGGAGGAAGCUGAUGAGUGGUUUGAGGAGAAACAACAACAAGUUGAAUGUUUGGAUACCCAGUUGAGAAAAUUACAUUCCAGUAUGGAGUCUGUGGUGAAUCACCGAAAAGACUUGAGUAACAGCACUGCUGCGUUUGCUAAGAGUGCGGCCAUGUUGGGCAAUGCUGAAGAGCACACAGCCCUGUCUCGUGCCCUGUCACAGCUGGCUGACACGGAGGAGAGGAUUGAACAGAUACAACGUGAACAAGCUGACCAUGACUUCUUUGUCAUGGCUGAGCUCCUUAAGGACUACAUUGCCUUAUUAGGGGCUGUCAAGGAGGUAUUCCAUGAGAGGGUGAAAUCCUACAAAAACUGGAAAGAUGCAGAAGCAACAUUGACGAAGAAGCGUGAAAACAAAGCCAAGUUAGAGCUAGCAAACAAAACAGACAAAAUCUCCCAGGCCAAGCAAGAGAUUUCAGAGUGGGAGCUGAAGGUUGAGAAAGGAAAGGAUGACUUUGAAAAGAUGUCGGCAAUGAUACGAAAGGAAGUUGCUCGGUUUGACAGGAAGCGUGUAGAAGACUUCAAAUCUAGCAUCAUCAAAUAUCUAGAAUAUUUAAUGGAAAAUCAGCAACGGGUAAUCAAGUGCUGGGAAGCCUUCCUACCAGAAGCCAAGGCUGUGGCAUGAUGUGUGCCAACAAGCUGUCUGCUUUACUGACACCAUUCUUUAGGAUAGGACAAUGAAACUGAGAUUAGAGAAGCUUGUAAGACAUUUCAUGUGGCUGGGCUGCCGUCUUACUCUAGGUGGCUGAUGAUGACAGUGGUGGUACCAUAUUUAAUUGACACAAUAUGGAGAUUUUGUAGUGCUACACCCAAUGAGCAAUGUACUUAUGACACCUAUCACACACAAAGGGCUCUAAACUGUAUCAUUUUUACUUUCAAUUUCAGACUUUGUUGGGUAUUUUCCAGUUCUUGCAGGAUUGUACUUCUUUGUAAAAAUUAUUUAAUUUCAAACUGUAAAUAUAGUAAUUUAAGUUCAAACUGUGAAUUCAGUAUAAUAUUGUUCAUUUGUCAUAGUGUGUGCCAUCUUUAUUUUGCUGAUCAGCGUAUUGCUUAUGAAUGAUAGUUUAUCUGGGUUUGUUUAAUUAUCAUCAUCAUCAUCUCACAGCAGAUUAGAAAUAGUUCCUUCUCGGCAUGUGUUCACAUGGUUACACAUUGGAAAUGUCCAGGUUUGGGUGAGAUAUUAGUAAGAAUAAUAUUGAGCAUGUGAUUUACACCUUUCUUGUCAAAUAUUUGUGUCUAAAUAAUGUAAAUGUUUCAACGUACUAAACACUUCAUAUUUAUGUCCUUUAUGAACUUGUGUGUAUGCUUUGAACUUGAGAAACUGGUGUAAUAAGCUGAUAGGAUUCCCUCAAGUUACAUCAAUUAGCUGAUAGAAUUCCCCUAAGUUACAUCAAUUAGCUGAUAGGAUUCCCCUAAGUUACAUCAAUUAGCUGAUACAAUUUCCUUAAGUUACAUCAAUUAGCUGAUACAAUUUCCUUAAGUUACAUCAAUUAGCUGAUAGAAUUUCCUUAAGUUACAUGAAUAUUGGACUGAAAUGUCAUUGGUUGUAAAAACUAAUUACAACAUCCUGACUUUUAUAAUAGAAUCCUUUAAUAAUCAUGGUAAAAUUACUUGAAAAUUUGUUGGUUUUUUUUUGUUUGAGAGAGUUUGAAGCCUUUAAAAAGUCUUUAAUUUUUUAAUUGGAAAUGAUUGCACUGCCAUGAUAUGGAUACUUCAGCAAUGAGAAAAUAUCAUUUUUUCUUUCCCAGUAUCUUUGACAUUUUUUUUUUUUUUUUUUUUUCUGAAUAAGAAAACAUUGCAAUAUUUAUUUUACUUUGUACAAGUUGUUACAGUAACAUAAUGCUAGUAGGACGUUCGUUCUCUAAAUAACACGGGGCCAAUUUGUGUGUAAUAUUAAGUGGUGUUAGUAGAGAAAAGUUCAGGAUUGUGCUGGUGCAUAUAAUUAAUUAUUGAAAUAUUUCUGCUUGAUGCAAGGUUUGUUUUUUCAGUAACUGUCUUGCCUAUGUCGGCAGUAAUGAUAUAUGAUAUAAGGUAUAGCCAUCCACCCUUUGAGAGCUGUAAUGGUUUAUUCUAAUACUGUACAACCAUCUGCCCCAUGAGAAAUGUAAUGGUUUAUACUAAUUUAGUACAACCAUCUGCCCCAUGAGAGCUCUAAUGGUUUAUACUAAUACUGUACAACCAUCUGGCCCAUGAGAGCUCUAAUAGUUUAUACUAAUUUAGUACAACCAUCUAGCCCAUGAGAGCUCUAAUGGUUUAUACUAAUACUGUACAACCAUCUAGCCCAUGAGAAAUGUAAUGGUUUAUACUAAUUUAGUACAACCAUCUAGUCCAUGAGAACUAAUGGUUUAUACUAAUUUAGAAUAACUAUCUAGCCCAUGUGCUGUAAUGGUUUAUUCAAAUAUUGUAAAACCAUCUAGCCCAUUAGAGCUAUACAACUAUCUAGCCUAUGAGAGCCGUAAUGGUUAAUACUAAUAUUGUACAUCCAUCUGGCCCAUAAACUGUUAUGGUUUACGAUAUAGAACUACGAAUUUGUAUGUGUACAAUAUACAAUUUUAAUGAAGAGAAAUUAAAUUAAAUAUAUAUAUAUAUAUCAAAUGAA